UGUCCGUACAUUUUCGCGGAAUUUGAUUAAUUCGAGGGAUUGAUUUCGCAGAGAGAAGGAUAACAAGAUGAUGGCGGAGGAUUUAGGGGUGGAGGCGAAGGAGGCGUCGGUGAGGGAGGUGGCUAAGCUUCUGCCUCUGCCGGAGCUCUUGCAGUCCAUUGCUUCGAUUAAAGCUGAUUACAUUGCCCGUCAACAGGUUGAGCAGGCACAGUCGGGUCUAAAAUCACUGAACUGGUCCCAAACGAUGAUAAAUCAGCUCAGAAAAAAUUUCUCUAAUAUUGAAAAGUUAUGUCAACAAUGUCAAACAUUGAUAGAAAAUCAUGACCAAAUAAAGAUCCUUAGUAAUGUGAGGAACAACCUAAACACAACAUUGAAGGAUGUGCAAGGCAUGAUGUCCAUCUCUACUGAGGCUGCUGCUUCACGCAGUUCUUUGAAUGAUGACAAGGAACUUAUCAACACCUAUGAGAGGUUAACUAAACUGGAUGGGAAAUGAAGGUUUGCCUUGGCAGCUGUAUCAUCAAAUGAAGAAGAGGUUGGUCGGCUGAGUGAAUACUUUGAAGAUAUUGAUCGCACAUGGGAGACAUUCGAGAAGACAUUAUGGGGUCAUAUUUCAAACUUCAUUAAUCUUUCCAAAGAAAGCCCUACAACACUAGUUCGGGCAUUGAGGAUUGUCGAAAUGCAAGAAAUCUUGGAUCUAGAAAUAGCUACUGAAGCAGCUGAGGCUGAAGGAGAUGGUGAUAUGCAGUCUCAAAGAAAUACCAAGUAUUUAGCAUUGGCCUCGGAAUUUAUUCUGGAACUCUAUAUAUUGUUUAUGAAUACUAAAGGUAAAGGCUAUAAGGAUAAAUGCUAUGAGGAAGUAAGGACGUCUAUUGAGUCAUGUUUCGAGAGAUUGCUCUCUGAGCUUUUAUUUGAGGAUGUGAAGGGAGCUAUAGAGGAGGCUAAAACGAUUGGCGAUGAACUUGGAGAUAUAUAUGACCAUGCCACCCCUUGCUUUCCUCCCAGAUUUGAAAUCUUCCAGCUUGCUGUAAAUCUUUAUACUGAGAGGUUUGUCCAGUGGCUGAGGUUACUCAGUGACAGGGCCAAUGAUCUGACAAAUAUAGAAAUACUUAAGGUAACUGGCUGGAUAGUUCGGUACCAAAAUAAUCUAGUUGAACUUGGUGUUGAUGAGACUUUUGCACAUGUUUGUUCUGAGAGUGGUUCAAUGGACCCACUUAUGAAUGCUUAUGUAGAACGAAUGCAAGCCACAACACAGAAAUGGUAUAUGAACAUAUUAGAGGCGGACAAAGUACAGGCACCAAAGAAAACAGAGAGUGGAAAGCUGUACACCCCAGCUGCAGUGGAUUUGUUUCGUAUCCUUGGAGAACAAGUACAGAUAGUACGAGAAAAUAGCACUACCCUCAUGCUAUACAGAAUUGCUCUAUCCAUCAUCCAGGUAAUGAUUGAUUUUCAAGCAGCUGAACUGAAGAGCUUAGAAGAACCUCCUUCUGAAGUUGGUCUAGAAGUUUUGUGUGCCAUGAUAAAUAACAAUCUCCGCUGCUAUGAUCUUGCCUCGGAGCUAAGUGCUACCACACUUGAGGCUCUACCAGAGAAUUAUGCCGAGCAGGUGAGUUUUGAUGAAUCUAGCAAAGGCUUCCUCUUGGUUGCAAAGGAAGCUGUACGCCAAACGGUUACUGUCAUUUUUGAAGAUCCAGGAGUUCAGGAGCUACUUGUAAAGUUGUAUCAUAAAGAUUGGAUGGAAGGACAGGUAACUGAAUACCUAAUCGCUACAUUUCGUGAUUACUUCACCGAUGUCAAGAUGUAUAUCGAAGAAAGAUCAUUUAGGCGAUUUCUUGAGGCCUGCCUUGAAGAGACUGUCAUAGUCUACGCAGAUCGUCUGCUCAUUCAGAAAAACUAUAUCAAAGAAGAUACAGUUGAACGGAUGAAGCUCGACGAAGAUGUCAUCAUGGAAUUCUUCUUGGAGUAUAUGACCAACACUAAAGUUGAAACUAGGGUGAAGGUACUCGCUGAAUUAAGAGAACUUGCUUCAGCAGAAAGCCCAGAUACCUUCACACUUGUAUACACAAAUAUUCUCGAUCACCAACCAGACUGCCCUCCGGAAGUUGUCGAAAAAUUGGUGAGCUUAAGAGAAGGCAUACCUCGAAAGGAUGCUAAAGAGGUGAUUCAAGAAUGCAAAGAGAUAUACGAACAUUCACUUGUUGAUGGAGUUCCUCCCAAACGAGGCUUCGUUUUCUCUAAAGUGAAGUGUCUGCAAGCUUCCUCCAAAGGAGGCAUAUGGCGAAAACUCACUUAGUCCCAAAAUAGUUAAGUCUACUUACUUUUUUUUCAUGAUUAUUGUCAAAUGAUUUCAAUUAAUCCCGUCAUAUUACGAAUUUACAAUGUGAUUUGCACUUUCACCAUGAUAAUACUACUGCUUGCACAA